GCAUAGUUUUCCUAUUGCUACCUAUCUCAUCUCUUUCUCUUGUUUCUCUCUUGGCAGAACUGGUCUCUUCAAAUCUUUCUCAAUCUUCUCUGAUAGAAAAAAUACUACUAGUAUGAAUAAUUAUGAUCACAGAGACAACAAGGGUGGCUGUUAUUUUCACCCAACAGAAUUUGUUGUAGGAGUGUGUCAUAUGUGCUUGAAUGAAAGGCUUAUAGUUUUGGCUUCAAAGCAAACUCAUCAACUUCACAGAGCUAAAAGCAGGAGUUUUGUUAGAGACCAUAGUUUCUGUCAUGACCAGAAGCCUCAGGCCAACGUGGCUUCUUUACCCAAGAUCUUUGCCAUAGGUUCUUUGCUCAACCGCUUCGAGUUUCGACACCGGAAAUCUCAGGAUCUGGACUUCAGUGAUGCUUCCUCCAGUCAUGAAGAUUCAUUUAUUUCAAUCAAGUUCGAAAACAACAAUGGGGUAGGCUCAUGGGAGAAGAAUGCAAACACAGUUUCAAAGGUGUCUUUAGAGCACUGCAACUUCUCAUGGAAGCAGAAUGAAGACAAGGGGUCAAGCAAGACAGUGGUAGAGCACGUAAAGCCACGUGGCUCGACAUUGAGGUGGCGCAAGCGGAUUGGUCAUCUGUUCCAGGUCAGCAAGUGGAAGAGGUCGAGUAAGACAAGUGCAUGCCAUAGUGGUAAGCUGGAUGGAGGCAAGGGGAGGGUGAAUAGUGGUUGGAUAAGAAGUCUGACAAAGAGGAGGACCAAAGAAUGAAAAAGAGACAUGCAAUGCAAAUUCAUCAACUUUAAACUUUGGUUAAAGACUUAAAGUUAAGAUAUGGCUAGCUAGCUUCCACCACCCCGUGUCUAUACAUUUAUAUAACUACUUUUGAGUGCAGGGGCUUGAUUAUAAAGUCAGAGAUGUUUGAGAGAUUGAGAUGAUAUGCUGGAUUUCACCUUCAUUAUUUUGCUUCUACUCUGUCCUUGAUUCUCUCUUGUAUGUCUAAUGUUUGCCUAUUUUAAGUAAAUGCAAUUUGCUACGGGUA